AUGCUCGACGAUGGUACGAAGGUACAACCUUAAGACGCCCGAGAUAAUGUAUGUCCAUGCAGGAGUCUGGAGUAGAAGUGGAUGGUGGUUCCAGAAAUUGAUUUGCUUUCGGUGUCGAUUCAGAUGCUGCCGCGCCUGAUGGAGGGCUGGACCAGCAUCUUGGAACUUUCCUCGACCACUGUCCUGAAGACGACCAAAAAACAUACGCGAAAACAUACAAUUCGCAAGUCAAAAAACAUGGCAAAGCAAAGAGCAGGCAAAGUUUUGAGAGUGGAAUAAUGCAAGAAGAAUGCAGCAAGGUCCAGAUGGCGGUUUGGAAGCAGAUAAAUACUCCGUACUGGUAUCGAUGGGUUAGGUGAGGACUGACUUUCACAAGCUGCCGGGUCCUCCUCAGACCGAGGUGAUCGGACCAAAACAAGGGAUGCCGAGCCGAGGCAAAUGGGACGUGGGGAACUGGCGGACAGACUGCAGAAACUCGUCUUUCAUUCACUCACCCUCCAUACAACCCAACAGACAAUUGCUAGAGCCUCAGGAAUAGCCUCAUAGAGUAGACAUUGAGCUUUUCCGCCUUCCUUUCUCUGCUGCGUUUCCAACCAUUUUCAACUAAACAACUAAAACCGCCCAAAAUGCCAUUUAACACCAAGUUGACCCGGGCUUUGGGGAUUCAAGGCAAGCAAAUCACUCUUCCAGCCUGCACCAUUACCUUCUGCUAACAAAUCCAAUCACAGUCCCCGUGGUCCAAGGUGGCAUGCAAUGGGUAGGCUACGCAGAACUGGCCUCUGCCGUUUCCAACGCAGGUGGUCUGGGUAUUUUGACAGCCCUCACCCAACCAACACCCGAAGACUUACGAAAAGAGAUUCGAAAAUGCAAAACCAUGACCAACAAGCCCUUCGGAGUAAACAUUACUCUCCUCCCUGCCAUGACCCCUCCAGACUACGGCGCCUACGCACAAGUGGCCAUUGAUGAGGGAAUCAAGGUUGUGGAAACCGCUGGCAACAGUCCAGGGCCGGUGAUUAAGCAAUUGAAAGCGGAGGGAAUUAUCAUUCUUCACAAAUGUACUACCAUCAGACAUGCCCAGAGUGCCAUCAAUUUGGGCGUGGACUUUUUGAGCAUAGAUGGGUUUGAGUGUGCAGGCCAUGUUGGAGAGUCGGACAUUACAAACUUUAUUCUACUCAGCAGGGCAAGACAAGCACUCAAGGUUCCCUUUAUCGCUUCUGGAGGCUUUGCAGACGGGCAAGGACUUGCUGCCGCAUUGAGCUUGGGAGCUGAGGGUAUCAAUAUGGGUACUCGAUUCAUGUGUACAGUUGAGGCACCUAUUCAUCUCAAUAUCAAAAAAGAGAUUGUUCGGGCACAGGAAACUGAUACCGAACUUGUGUUGAGAAGAUGGAAAAACACAAGUCGGUUGUAUAAGAACAAGGUUUCCAAAGCAGCCUCGAAGAUAGAAAGAGAGAGUUCCACUGGAAAGUUUGAGGAGGUGGCUCCUUAUGUGAGCGGGAAAAGAGGAAGAGAGGUCUUCAUCAAUGGAGAUGUUGAUUUUGGCGUAAGUAAACCAUCUUCAAAUAUAUAAUUCAUUUUACUAACAUCGCAAUAGGUGUGGACUGCCGGUCAAGUCAUUGGUCUUAUCCAUGAUAUCCCAACAUGCGAUGAUCUUGUCAAGAGAAUCGAGAAGGAAGCUGAAGAUACCCUUAAUGCGGCUUCGGCGCUCAUUGUGCCACGGAGCAGACUUUGA